AUGGCGUCAACUACUAUGAUAGAGACAGUCACCAUUACUCGGCCUUUAAAGGUGAUCGCCUUAAUAUGCGGCUUGCUGGUGAUCGUGUUGAUGGUGUUGGGGCUCGCGUCGGCGGACUGGCUGAUGGCGGCCGGCUGGAGGCAGGGCCUCUUCAUGCACUGCAUAGACCCAGAUGCGCCCCCGCCGCUGCCCUUCGACAUCAUCGCGCAGCCCGGUUGCUACGCUGCGAGACCCGCUCCAUACAUUAAGGCAGCAGCGGGGCUGUGCGUGGCGACGCUGGCUGCGGACGUGUGCGGCGCGCUGCUCACGGCGCUCGGCCUGCGCUCCACCGACCACCGCACCAAGUUUCGCUACUAUCGGUUCGCGGUGCUCGCCAUGGCGCUAGCUCUAAUGUGCAUCUUAAUAGCGCUGGUGAUCUACCCUGUGUGUUUUGCUGCGGAAUUAAAUUUCGGUAACAGAUCAUUAUGGGAGUUUGGAUGGGCAUAUGGAGUGGGUUGGGGCGCCGCCAUUUUUCUUUUCGGCGCAGUGGUGCUGCUGCUCUGCGAUAAGGAGAGCGAGGAGCUCUACUAUAAGGAGCGGAAAGUGGUGAGCGCGGAGGGGGGAGCGCGCCCCUAG